UAAGAUAUCACUGUUUAUGUCAGCAUCUGACCAUUGUAUAACAGAUAUAUUUUACAAAUAUUUAAAGACCUUUCCUUUGUUUUGAGGUAGCCUGUCCUACUGAUCAUCAUUUUUCAAUAAUAAACGUGUGUUAACUCCAGUCCUGUAGAUGGCGCAGGAUCCAUUUGAAUGUAAUAAACACCUCUCUUAGUAAACAAAGCGAAGAAAAAUUGAAUAAUUUGGCUGUGGUUGUUGGCUUACCUCAGAUUAGUUUAUUUUUUAAAGAGUGUGACAUGAUCAAAACUGAAAAGAUUUUACACUUGAACAGCUCAAAGGGUAGAAAGGUUCGUGUAGUGCGCGAGCAUUAUGUGAGGGAACAGGUGGAAUGUGGAAGUUCGCUGUGUCUCGCGGGCUGUCACAACGAUGGCAAGGUGCUGUCCAGUGAUGUGACCCACUACGUGGUUCCGGAUGGAGGGGUGGUUCGGGAUUUUCUGGAGAUUCUGGAGUUCAGGGAUUUGCAAGGGAUCGUGAUCACCCAGACAUCAUACCAGCACACUCGUGGACGCAGACACUGCAGUAGACUGCGUGCUUUACUUAAGGACCCUCGACAUGAUUGUGUCCUAUUUGCCAAUGAGUUUCAGCAGAACUGCUACUGCCCCAGAGAAAAGGGCGAAUCUCAGGAUAAGUGGCAUACGAGAUGUGUCUACAAUGCAGCAGUAUGGUACUAUAACCAUCUUGCUGGACUUAGGCCGGUGGUGAUGCUUACAGAAAACCGUGAUACUAUUUCAGAAUUUAGUGCCCUAAACAGCGGAGUGUAUGUCAUCUCAACUCAGGAUUACCUGUCAAGUUUCUGGCCAGACCUGCAGGCAGCUCAAGAGCUGUACAGCUCCAUUGCUCAGACCCUGCAAGAGCGAGAGAGCGAGGGAGCAGAAAAGGUGUAUACUGAACACCUGCCUGCCGAGGUGCUGGAGGCUGGUAUUAAAUCUGGCAGGUACAUCCAGGGCAUCCUCAGUGUGAACAAGCAUCGGGCCCAGUAUGAAGCCUUUGUACGUUAUGAAGGCUCUACUAACAAGAAUUCAGAGCUAAACAGUGAUGUGCUGGUCAGCGGAGUGAAGUAUCGUAACCGCGCAGUUCAUGGAGAUAUGGUUGCCAUAGAGCUGUUGCCACGGAAUGAGUGGAAGGGUCGGAAUAUGGCACUAGCAGAGGGUCAGGGGGAGGAGCGGUCAGUGGAGGACACACAAAGCCAGCCCAUGCCCACAGGCAGGGUGGUGGGUAUUCUGCAAAGAAACUGGAGAGAUUAUGUUGCGAGUUUUCCUCCUCUAGAGGAGGUGCAGUCCCAGAGCAGAAAUUCACAGAAGAUCCUGCUUAUUCCGUGGGAUUACCGCAUCCCGAAAAUCCGUAUAAGCACACAGCAGGCUGAGACGUUGCAGGACCAUCGAGUGAUUGUGCGUCUGGAUUCAUGGGAAAGCACUUCUAUGUACCCAAACGGCCACUGUGUGAGGGUGCUGGGAAAAGCAGGGGAGCUGGAGACAGAGAUUCAGACCAUCCUGGUGGAGAAUAGCAUCCAUGUGUCUGCAUUUUCAGAGGCCCAGUUGCGAGAGAUGCCGGUUAACACAGAAGAGAACCCAUGGCAGAUGGACAGUAGUGAGGUGUCCUCAAGACGGGACCUGAGGGACACUCACCUGGUGUUCAGUAUAGAUCCUAAGGGCUGUGAGGAUGUAGACGACACCUUGUCAGUUCGGAUGCUACCAGGGGGGAAACGUUUGGAGCUGGGUGUGCACAUUGCAGACGUCACCUAUUUUGUCAAAGAAGGCUCUCUUACAGACUUGGAAGCACGGUCCAGGGCAACCACUUACUACCUGGCCGACCGCAGGUAUGACAUGCUACCAGCAGUGCUGAGUGCUGACCUGUGCUCCCUACUUGGAGGAGUGGACCGAUAUGCUAUGAGUGUCCUUUGGGAGCUGGAUGCUGAGUCCCUGGACAUGUGCAAGGUUUGGUACGGUCGCACUCUUAUCCGUUCCUCCUAUCAGCUUCACUAUGAGCUCGCCCAGAGCCUGCUGAAUGGAGAGAAGGUGGAGGUGCCUGAACUAGGCCAACUGCAGGGCUCUCAGAGGGACCAGAAACUUGCUGAGCUUUUGCAGGCCCUGGAGACCCUGACGAGGGUGGCCAGACACCUCCGGGCACAGAGGGAUAAAGGAGGUGCCCUGGAGUUAGAAGGGGUGGAGGUGAGGGCUCAGCUAGAUGAGGACAAGAACAUUACUGCCCUUGUACCCAAACAGCCUCUGGAGGUUCAUGAGACUGUGGCUGAGUGCAUGAUCUAUGCCAACCACUGGGUGGCGUGCAAGAUACAGGAGAGCUUUCCACACCAAGCACUUCUGCGUCAUCAUCCACCACCCAAGCAGGAGUUCUUUAAUCAGCUCAUUGACUGCGCAAAGGCUCGUGGCUUCAGUAUUGAUACAAGGUCAAACAGGGCUCUGGCUGAUUCUUUGGAAAAGGCGGUGGAUCCUCGGGACCCCCUGGUGAACAGGUUAUUCAGAAUGAUGGCCACCCAGGCAAUGUCUAAUGCCCUUUACUUCUCCACAGGAGCGUGUCCAGAGGAACAGUACUAUCACUACGGUCUUGCUCUGGACCGAUACACUCACUUUACUUCUCCAAUCAGACGUUACGCUGAUGUAGUAGUUCAUCGGCUCCUUAUGGCCGCCGUUCAGAUGGAGAAGCAAGGGUUGCUAAGCAAAGCCUUGGAAAGUAACAAAGAGCUUGAGGAGCUGGCUCAACAUAUCAACAGUAAAAACAGAGCAGCGCAGCACGCACAGAAGCAGUCCACAGAGCUAUUCCAGUGUCUCUACUUCAGAGACAAAGACCCACAAACGGAUGAACGCUGUGUGGCUGAUGCUGUGAUCUAUGCUGUCAGAGCCAAUGGCAUUCUUGUCUUCGUACCACAGUACGGAUUAAAGGGAGCGGUGUACCUUAAGGAUCGGGAAGGUCAAGUGGUCAGCGUCAGAAAGGAUGGAAGUUGUGAGUGGCAGGCCGGGAUGCUGCAGAGAUACCCUGAUAGGAUCAACACCUGCACCAGCUCUGGAACUCAUACUUUUCACCUCUUUGCUCACGUAACAGUUCGUAUUUCUGUAAAACCCUCCUGUUGCCAUGCUGACAGUUUGUGUCUGGAGCUUAUCAGCAACAAGCCCCAUCUUACUGUGCAACCCGAGCUGCAGCAGCCAGCUGGCCGUGGUCGCUCCGAGCUGGUUCAGGAUGUAGUGCGCUGGGCAGAAGAGGCUUCGCUUCAGGCUGAGGAGGAGAGGAGAAGGAAACCCAAACUCAGCAGGGAGGAGAGGCAGUUCAGACAGAGCAAAACACCAAACCUCUAUGUCAUUCUACAGGAGAUCAGUGAGCUUGCCCUGUUGGAUCUGUCUGCUUGCCAGAUCAAAAAUACAGAGGGACAGACUUGCACUGCAUCAUCUUAGCGUUAUAGUGUUGUAAAUUUCAUUUCCUAGACAUAUUAACUUGCAUAGAUUUAGGGAUAGAUUUAUUAUACCUGCCAUAGACAUAAGAUCAGUUCUAUUAUUAUGUCCAGAUGUAGGCUGACCUCACUUCAAUAAUUUUGAAUUGGCCCAUUCUGGGUAAAUAUCUUGCCAAUGCUGGUAUUUUUUAAACGAAUAACUAAAUGAUUAUUAAUACAGUCAUAAACAUUGAAAUAAGGAUAUUUGUUAAAUCUAUUGAAGGGCUGAGAAAUUCCUCUGAAUGAAGACUUUGAUGCCUUACCUUUGUUUUAAUAAGAAAGCUUUCAAUUCUCAAUAACAGUAAAUAUUUAAGAGAAACCAGUGUGUAAUCUAAAUAUUUUUUAGAUUUGGUAGAUUACAUCUUUACAUUUUGCUCAUGGAACUUUUUAAAUUUUUUUGAGAAAUAAAAAUGUUUUAUAUGCAUCACUAAAA